GAAAGAUCACAGCCGAAAAUAAUGAAAAUGAAUUUCCUGGUGGUUCUAUUCGUAGCCAUCGCGCUUUUUGUAUCGGCAAACGCGCAAACGACGGAGAGCAUGACCUCCAUCAUCAGCGACAUCAGCGAUUCAAUUUCCUCCGACUACUCGCCCACUAGCGACUAUUACUCUUCCGACUACUCUACGUAUCCCAGUUCCUAUGACUACUACUAUUCCGACUACUAUGAUGAAGUGACGACCACGAAGCCGUUCAAGCAGCAAUUCCUAUCGCUGCUCUUCAACAAGAAAGCUGGAUAGAACUGAGACUCCGCCCAACCCGCCACAUCCAGCAAUAAUUUGUUUCGUUAAAAUGUGAAAAUAUACAACUUAAU